AAAAUGAGAUGUUAAAUAAUUAUGCUUAUGCGCUAAAAAAGUUGUGUUGUCAGAGAAUGAACUAAUCUAUUACCUAUUCUAUUACAAUUAACGAAAUGGCGCAUCUGUUCUAAACACAAAUCAAAACAAAUAUAUCGGCACAUGUGACUUUGAGCAAAAUGACUAAUCUACGCAAAGAACUAGAAAAAUGUAAACAUCCAAAUAGCCGGAAAACAAAAGCUUUGAGCAAAAAAGCACGGCGACAGAAUAACAAACACAAAGCGCGUAUGGGUCAUGCCAUCAAAAGUAACAUAAUGGGUGAGAAACUAAGUUGGUUUUUGGGACAAAUCGGUGAAGACAGAACAGAGCCGUUAACACCGCUAGAAUUCGAGGAACUUAUAGCUUUGUAUCUCAAGCGGUUUGAUGAAGAACUCGCACAGAUUGCGCUUAAACAAUCAAUCAGCAAGAAUCGAUCCAAGCAACAUGCAGCGCGAGAGGAUGUUAUCAAAAUUACUUUGGAAAGGGAGCGAAAUGAGUACCAAAGUGGCGGCAUGGAGCUUCUAAACCUCUGCGAUCCUAUAAAAUUUAAAUCGCUAAUGGAUUGGGAUGGUAGUGCGCUCAAUGUACAGCAUUUAAAACUAGAUCUUGUAUCGCAGAAAAUGUUGCAGCGUCUAAAAAGCGCAAACACCGUAAAUAGUGAUGACAACAAAACUGAUAAUGUACCCACAACUACUACGGAUGCUAUGGAAUUAGCAUAAAUAUAUGUAUUUUGGUAAAA